AUGGGAACUUUUGGUAAUAAAAAUGAAUCAAGUUCAGUUGAUAAUGAUGCUGAAGAAAUUGAUACUAAUGAUUCUUCAGAUAAUUCAGAAAUUUCUUAAAAUGAAUUAUUUUGUAUAAUUGACGAAGAUUGUCCCAGAUUAUAUAUUUGUGAUUAUUUAAAAGAAUGUAUUCGUAAGCCUUUAUUCCCUUUAACAUAUCAAGAAAUAUUAGGUACUAUAUUACUUGUAAUAUUUCUCGGUCUAGGUUAAUCUGCUGGUAUAGGUGGUGACAGAGAAAGUCAAAAAUAAGCUUUAGGAAACAAAAUCUUCCUCUAAAUUCUUGACAGAGUUUUUUAUAGAAUAUAUAAUAGAAGUUGA